UCACCUAUAAAACACAAAAUCAAUCAAUUAAAACACAAAUAUAAUUAUAUCUAAACAAAAGAUAAACAUAUCGAGUGUUGCUUACGACAUUUUAUGGGAGCCAAUAAAAAAGAUUGGGUAAAACUCCUUGACGUGGCUCAGUUUUCAUAUAACUUGCAGCGGAGUGGUCGUGGGACGGAGUCCGUUCCAGCUUGCAACGGGGCAACAACCACUUACGCCACACACUUUGGUUACGACAACCGAUGGGAGGAGUCCCGGGGCAUUGAAGAUGGCUAAGUCAUGGGAGGAGAAAGCCGACUUAGCCCGAGCGUGUCUUGAGAAAGCUAGGCGGCGUAUGAAGAAACGGGUGGACGAAAAACGAGGACUAAGGGAAUUCGACGUUGGAGAACAAGCCAUGGUGAAACUCUUGCCCCAACAGUUCAAGGCAUUUCUGAGUAUGCACAAUGGCCAUGUGUGGAAGUAUGAAGGGCCAUUCCCGAUGAUCGCCAAAGUCGGUAAAGUAUCUUAUUGCCUAGAACUUCCAAGUUCUUUGAAAAUUCACCCGGUCUUCCAUGUGAGAAUGUUCAAACCUCAUUGCGAAGACAAGGAAGACUCAAGCCAAGGAGGGUCACUCCGAGCAUUACCCAUCAUGACCAAGUCAUUUGAAGAGGAGAUCGAAGAAGUGCUCGAUAAGCAAGUGAAGCGACGUAGGGGUGUUCCACCAAGGACCCAAUACCUCAUCAAAUGGAAAGGAGUACCCGAGUCCGAGUCAACGUGAGAGACUAAGGAAGAUUUGUGGCAAUUUCAGGAUCAUUUCCACUUGUUCGAGGCAACGAGGACGUCGUCGGGUUAGGCGGGGGAGGAUGUUACGUCCGGUCAGUUUUGGCACAACCCUUUUCCAGUUUCUCUUGGAUUAGGGAGGUUAAAGAGUCCAAGACUUAGCUCAAAUAGUAAAUUAGGCCCAAGUUUGCCCAAAAUGUAGAUAUACUUUGUAGAGAUUCUUAGAGGACUCUAGAAAGUUUUCUAAAACCCUCCAUUUGUAGAUAUUUUGUAGGAAUUCAUUGGAAUGUUCUAGUGAACAACUCCUAGCCAUUAGAUCAGACAGAUCUCCCCUAGUAUAAAUAGGAGUGGGGACUUCAUUUGCAAGCAUCCAAGAAAUCCAAGCAUUUGUCAACACUCAAGCAAUAGAUGUGUUUUCUUUCAAAGCUCUCUUCUCUUAAGUUCUUUACUCGUUAUGUUGGGGAUCUACAUGCAUACGCAACGAAAGUUUAAAUUUUUUCUAUCAUGCGAUUUCUAUGAACAAUAAAUUCAUCAAUUAGGCAUAAUCUAUUAGCAUACUUUUGAUCAUGUAUUUAAAUAAUAUCAAAUAAAACAUAGAAUGCGAAUCAUAGACAUGUAAUCAAACAAUUAUGAUUAAUCUAAUUAAUUAACGAGAUUCAAUUACAUACCCGUUGAAUGUAAGCUCCUCGGAACGCUGUCUCUGUGGUCAUACCGAAGUCCUAAGUUGAGCUAUUCCACGCCAAUCUUCUUCGCCGGAAUCGAAUUUCAUCUCGAAGAAUGCCAAUCUUUUUCCCCGGAAUCGGAUUUCACCUUGAAGAGAUUAAUCCACCAAUAGCUUGCACUAGAAAACUAUUGGACAGAUAGGUCAAAGACAUGUUUGGCAUAAAAUCAUGGUUUCUGUCAAAAAUAGUUUGGACGAAGAAGAAAAAGAGAAGAAGAAAAAGAUUUCUUACUUCAUUAUUUUGUAGAAUUGUGGUCUUUGUCAUUUUCUCUACCCAACACUUCUAUUUAUAAGGAUUUAUUAAUCUUAGUUCAAGUUUAAUUUUAAUCACCAAUUAAAAUCAAAUACCUCAAUACUUAUCUAAAAAUGAGAGACCCAUCUAAUUAAGAAUCUUUUUAAAACUCUUUGUUAGAUUCAUAAUAUCUCUCAAAUGGUAACUCCGAAAAUUGUAACAAUUAUUUUUUCGUGAUAUCAUGUUUUUCUCCUCAAUUCAAGUAACAUAUUGCUUAUUUUAUAUUUCUAUUUUCGGAAACCUCUAUUUAAGUGGUACUAGACACGGCCACGGGGCGGUCCGGGUCCGGGUCCUACUUUUUCGGGACCCAAAACCGACCCAUGUGGAGACGGAUCCACUCGGGUACUUCCAGGUUCGGGCCAAGUACGGGUCGGGUCCGGGUCC